AAAUAUGGCUGUAAAAAUCUGCGGACUAAUGUAGUCCUUAGCAGCUUUUUGCCUGUAUGAUCAAUUGAGAAUUUUAAUCUGAUUUUUGGUUGCAGAUUAUUUUUCGAAGAUUAAAUAGCUGUCUUUUAUUAGAAUUUUAUGAUGGAUAUUGCAAGAGCGGUGUAAUAAUUGUUUGUCCUCUUGUAUGCUUAAGCUAAAAGUUCUGUAUCUAUUUCCUUGUUCAUUUUAUUCUUUCAUUAACGUGAAGUUUGUGAGGAUGGGGAUAGCCAAAACAUGAACACUUUUGUAGAGUAAGCAUCCAAUUCUUUUUGUUUUCCUUUUAUUUCCCGGUGAUAAGAAGUAAUGCUGUUUGAGUCCUUAAAUUAUCCAAUAUACAGAUUUUUCAUCAAAUAUGGUAAAUGAGAUUGUCAAACACUCUCGAGUUAGUUUGAAAAUCCUACAAUUUGCCUCAUUAUACUCAAUUUUUUAAAAACUGUCACAUGGUUUGUGUUUAAGUCGGGGACUUAAGUUGUAGAUUAGAUGAACCAGCCUGGACUUCAAACAGUUCAUAAUUUCUUCUUUCUAAUCUGGCAGACUCUUCCUUCGAAAUUCUGGAAGAAAGAAGUGUAUGAUCAACAAUGGCAUCUGAAGAAGUUCUGAAGGUUGUUUUCCCUUUCCUGGAGGGUGUUGAUCUUGCUUCUUGCAUGGCUGUUUGUAAGCUGUGGAAAGACAUAGCUAGAGAUGAUUUCUUCUGGAAAUGUCUGUGUGCCAAGAGAUGGCCUUCAAUCUGCAAGCGACCUAAUCCUUCAACUUUAACCUACUACAACUUGUACAGAACCUUUUAUAAACGUCUGCAUCGUAGAAUUCUUCUCCCUCCAAGAAUCUCAUUUGAUGAUUUGGAUUUUUUCAUUGACAUUUGGGCUGAAAACAUAUUAAUCUUCUCAGAAGUGGUGCCUGGUUCUGUCCUUCAAGCAGGUUUUAGAAUUCCUGCAUCUGGGGUUUGUGAAAUGCUCAAAUAUCACCUGGAAGGUUCGGAAUACAAGAUGACUUUUCCUGUGGAGCCUAGGUUUACUAUCCCUUCUGGACAAAAUCAGAAUGUUAGUGUCUCUGUCAUGGUUGGGAAGAAGGAUUCAAAUAAGUUUGCUCGCAUAAUAAAUAAAUCCAUGUUUGAUUAUAUUGAUCGCUCAUCAUAUAGAGCAUUGGCUUUUGAUUACUUAGACAUAGCCCCUGACUACCCUUUUUUGACUGGCAUCCGUGCGUGGAUAUCUUUGCUAUUCAUGGAAGAUAAAAAAGAAGAUCUUAUGGAUGUAUUUGGGAUCCAGAUGGAUUUCUGUGAUGUGGCAAAUUCUAAGGAAGAAGUCUUGUGGCUGUUGGACAUGCUUGACUGGAAGUAAAUAGAGAUCUCCCAUUGUUACAACAAAAUAAUUGGACAUUGUGAUCUGAUGUUAACUUGUUAGUUUAUAUGGGGGUGCAUUGCAAAGUUUAUGUUAAUGUCUUGAGUGUUUGGACUAUGUAAAUACUCCGCAAUCCUUUGUUAUCAAUAAAUGUGUUUAUUAAGCUCCUACUCUAA